AUACACGUGUUAUUGAGAAAACGGAGAAAUAUACAAUCAAAGGUAAAGGCCCCCCAUAAGUAGAGAAGUAAAGACAUGUUUCAUCUUCAAAAGUUUAACUAUGUUUUGCGAAGUAAUAUAUAUAAAAAUAUAAGGAGCAAUGCUAGUAAAAUUAAAAGCAUACGUUCCUGCAGUACGUAUCCAAUCAAUGAUAAUGUAUUUGGCUUGACGGAUGACCAAAAACAAUUGAGACAAUCAGUGUUUCAGUUUGUUCAGAAAGAACUUGGGCCACAUGCACAGGAUAUUGACAAAAACAAUGUUUUUUCAGAUUUUAAGGGAUUCUGGAAAAAACUUGGUGAUAUGGGAUUUAUGGGUAUUACAGUACCAGAAAAAUAUGGAGGACUUCAGAGUGGCUAUUUGGAACAUUGCAUUGUCUUAGAAGAAAUGUCCAGAGUAUCAGCUGCUAUUGCUCUUAGCUAUGGAGCACAUUCAAAUCUUUGUAUAAAUCAAAUUGCUAGAAAUGGAAAUGAGAAACAAAAGGAGAAAUAUCUACCUAAGUUAAUUAGUGGAGAAUAUGUUGGUGCAUUGGCAAUGAGUGAGCCUGAAUCUGGUUCUGAUGUUGUUUCGAUGAAAACCAAAGCAGAGAAGAAAGGAGAUUACUAUGUGUUAAAUGGAACUAAAUUCUGGAUAACAAAUGGAUCAGAAGCUGAUGUAGUAUUUGUUUAUGCUAGAACUAAACAAGAUGGCCAGCCCCAACAUGGAAUUAGUGCUUUUCUUAUUGAAAAAGAUAUGCCUGGAUUCAGUAUAGGACAGAAGUUGGAUAAACUUGGAAUGCGUGGUUCUCCAACUGCAGAACUUAUUUUUGAAGAUUGUAAAGUACCUGCUGAAAACUUAGUUGGAGAAGAAAACAAAGGUGUUUAUGUACUUAUGAGUGGCUUAGAUUUUGAAAGAUUAGUCCUUGCUGCUGGUCCAAUUGGAAUUAUGCAAGCUUGUUGUGAUAUAACUUUUGAGUAUGUUCAUGAUAGAAAACAAUUUGGUAAAAGAAUUGGUGAAUUUCAGUUAAUCCAAGGAAAAUUGGCUGACAUGUACACAACUCUGAAUGCUUGUCGAGCUUACUUGUAUAAUGUUGCAAGAGCAGUAGAUAAAGGUCAUGUCAGUUCCAAGGAUUGUGCAGGUGUUAUUUUAUAUUGUGCUGAAAAGGCAACACAAGUAGCUUUAGAUGCAGUUCAAUGUUUAGGUGGAAAUGGAUAUAUUAAUGAUUAUCCAACAGGACGAUUCCUCAGAGAUGCAAAAUUAUAUGAAAUUGGUGCAGGAACAAGUGAAGUACGAAGACUUAUUAUUGGAAGAAGUCUUAAUAAAGAAUAUACAAAAUAGAUAAACUGAAGAUUUUUUACACUGUUGCGAUCAAUAUUGUUUUUUAUUGAGAUGAAGUGUGGUAUGUGAAUUGAUUGAUGUAAAACUGUAUAUUUUUAUAAUAAAUCGUUUCAAGAUCAGAAAUGCUAAACUAAUAAUAAUCAUCAAUUUUGUUAUAAUUUAACUACAAAUAAUGAAAUCUGUUACAGUACUUGUAAAUAAAACUUUAUCAGAUUAUAAUAAAAAAGAAAA